CAUCAACCAUGAACCUGCUUUUCUCCCUUCUCUUGCUCCUGUGCUUCUGGCAUAUGGGUCACAUGGCUGGCACACCACCUGGAGAGCUCUCUUACCUCAAACCCACCCUCAGUGCUAGACCAGGACCUGUAUUGGCCCCAGGGGGGAACAUGACUUUGUGGUGCAGAGUGUCAAUUCCAGCUGCAAGAUUCAUCUUGUACAAAGUGGGAGAGGCCCAUCCAGUCCAGAUCCAGGAAUCUUCAGAGGAGGGAGCUGAGUUCUUCUUUGAAAGGGUGACCCCUUCUCAUGGGGGCAGUUACAGCUGCUGCUACCAGACCUAUGCCUCUUACUAUGCUUGGUCUCAGCCAAGUGACUCCUUGGAGGUAUGGGUGACAGACAUGUUACCCAAGCCCUGGCUCGUGGCAGUGCCAGGUCCUGUGGUGGUAGCAGGCAGCAAUGUGAGUCUGCGUUGCCAGGGUCCACUAGGGGGAAUGAGCUUUGCUCUUUAUCGUGUGGGUUUCCCAGGGCCCUUACAGUACCUCAGCUCUGCCCAGCCCUGGGCUGACUUUCCCCUUCAGGACUCCAUGGCCCCUGGCACCUAUAGCUGCUACUACCAUACACCUUUUGCUCCAUACAUCCUAUCUGAGAGGAGUGAUCCUUUGAUCAUCAGCUGGUCAGGUUCUACUCCCCAAGACUAUACUCUAGGCAACCUCAUUCGAAUAGGCCUGGCUGGACUGGUGCUCCUCACCCUGGGGAUACUGUUGUUUUUGGACUGGCACAGAUGGAGGGGCUGCCAAGACAGACCCUAG